UCACAUUCAGGCCAAUGACACGUACCGAGUUUAAACAAACUGAAUGAUCCUGCAACUAAUACGCACGAUAAUUCAACGAGGCAACGCUUAAAACAGGAGGGCUUUGUGUAGCCGUGGCUGUGAGUGUGAACACAGAAGCGGCUUCUGAAAUCGCAUACUGAAUAAACGGGAAUCCUUUAGUUUAGUCCCUACUGUUUAAAUUGGAGACUUAAGGGCCACUAAAAAAGGCACGGAUUAGGAUCUGUGUACACGCUAAUCCCAGAAAGAAGACUGUAGAGUGAGUCUGAACCACCAAAGAUACACAUCAAGGUGAACAAAUGAGAGGGAGUGGCUGUUUUCCAUGUGGGACCCCAUUUCUGAAUGAACCACCAGGUAAAGAUGUUAAAUGAGAGAAGCCAGGGCCACCGAGAGUAACGUGGAGCCUUGUUACAGCAGCCAGGCAACAAUCACAGCCCUCAUCGUUCUCAACGCUGAUCCGCGGUCUAUUUUUAUCGCUGAGACAACGCACCAAUUAAUUCGGGCAUAUCUGAUGAUGUUCAGGGAGAUGCAGGACUGAGGGGAAGGAACAGCACUGUGCACCGGGCCACUUGGGUGAAGCAGACGACCCUAAACAUCUACUCCUUUAUACUUUGAUAUGUGUGUAAGCUUGGGUUGAGAUGUGGCGAUAAUGAGCUAAUUUUGGAAAUUAACGCAGACGUGCAGGACAACAUGUGAAGGUGGUGCCUUAGUUCCAGGUCUCCUGCCAUGAGCUAAGCCCCCCAGUGGCCUGUGGCAGGAUGACUGCUGUGUACCCGGCUGGGGGGGGCUCUGUCGGGGUCUCAGAAGUGGCUACGGGUCCCCAGCGUUAUGCCCGAUGGAGCCGACAAGACAGCUCCGACAUCUGCACGGACGACGAGGGGACCCAGCCACGCCGCCUCACCCCUCUGGAGAAGCUCAAUCUGGACAUGUGUCAAGAUGAGAAGAUGGUGAGAGAGCUCACCGUGGGCCGCCGCAUCGGCUUCUACAAGAUACGUGGCGAGAUCGGCUGUGGAAACUUUUCCCAUGUCAAGCUGGGCAUCCACGCUCUGACGAAAGACAAAGUAGCCAUCAAGAUCUUGGACAAAACCAAGCUUGAUCAGAAGACGCAAAGGCUGCUGUCCCGGGAGAUAUCAAGCAUGGAAAAGCUGCACCAUCCAAAUAUCAUCCGUCUGUAUGAGGUGGUGGAGACGCUGACCCGUCUACACCUGGUCAUGGAGUACGCAAGCGGAGGAGAGCUCUACACGAAGAUCAGCACUGAGGGGAAGCUCUCUGACAUCGAUAGCAAGAUUGUCUUCUCUCAGGUUCUCUCAGCUGUGAGGCAUAUGCAUGACAAUAACAUCAUUCACAGAGACCUGAAAGCAGAGAAUGUUUUUUACACCUGUAGCACCUGCGUUAAAGUGGGAGACUUUGGCUUCAGCACCGUCAGCCGCCGUGAUGAGACCCUCAACACCUUCUGUGGUUCUCCCCCUUACGCUGCUCCUGAGCUCUUCAGGGACGAGCACUACAUAGGUGCUUGCGUAGACAUCUGGGCCCUGGGGGUCAUGCUCUUCUUCAUGGUGACCGGCACCAUGCCCUUCCGUGCGGAAACGGUGGCCAAGCUGAAGCGCUGCAUCCUGGAUGGGACGUACACAGUGCCUACUUGGGUCCCGGAACCUUGCCAGAAACUGAUCCGCGGCAUCCUGCAACCUCAGCCGUCUGACCGCUACACCGUAGAGCAGAUGAUGGGCUGUGAGUGGCUGCUGCCAGUGGAGUUUCCCAAGGCCAUGGAGCCCUUCAAACUGGACCCGCUCCAUCUGGCUGAGUCUAAGCCAGGGGAGCUUGAAGAGCAUGAGAUAGAGGUGAGGAACGCCCUGGAGGCUCUUGGCAUCACCGCAGACCACAUUCGUAACAACCAGGGCAAAGACUGCAGGAGCUCCAUCACUGGAGUCUAUCGAAUCCUCUUACACCGCGCACAUAAACGACAAGCAGUGGAGAGCAUGCCAGUAGUUACUCACGUAGUGAACGGAACCGAAGCUAAAAAGGACCGUCUGAAGAUAUACAGGAGCCUUAGGCAUACGUCUAAACUCUGCAUCAUUCUGUGAUGCUCAGAAAACGAAUAAAUAAUAAUGGACAGCUCACAGGAGCCUUAGUUCAGCUAGUUAUAUUUGAUAUACCUCUUUUGUUAUCUUUUUUCAAUUGAAAAUGAGAUCAGUGAAUGCCUUUAAUAAAGUAGUCUUUAUGAAUAAAUGGAAAAUAUGAACGUUUGCAAGUGAGUGAGUGUAAGACUUUUGUCUUAAUGUCAUGGAUGUCAUGUCAUAAAUGUAUUCAAUAAAUGUAAUAAAGUGCUUUG